ACCUUCGUGCCCCUUCACCCCUGCCCCUCUUUUAGCUCGCUCUAGGUGGCCUCAAAGUCUUUCUACCGCUCUCUACGCUGCCCUCAUUGCCCUGUCCCACCUGAUUGAUAUAUCACCUUGGUACACCACCAUCUGCAUGUCGGGCAUGUCCAGUACCCUACGCGAGCGUAUCUGGGGAAUAUUCGAUGCGCAGCGCAUCGCGUGUGCGACGAGGAGGCGGAAAUAGAUCAUGCACUGCUGCAUCACCCACGACGCGCAUAACGCGAAAGACGGCUCUUUAAGACCACCCAACAAGCCAUCCGACCAUCCCCUCAUGCCCCUCCUUCGAGACGCGCGCCCCGUGCUGAGCACUGCCCGUUCGAGUAUCCACCGCACUGGCGAAUUCGCGGUGCUGUACUCGGCGCGGGACGCGUUGUUCCAUUCUCCUAGACCUUCUUGGUCUAGGUAGAGGGGAGGGAAGAUCCUCGGGCGUGUACGGUCGCGCCACUACCCGCCUGCCCACCGACGCGCCACCCGUCACACGCGCGUGACGGUCCGGUCGCGACUGCGUUACAGGACGCCAUCGCCAUUGCUUCCCUCACGCGCCCGUGUCCGCGCCGGCCUUCGCCCUCCCCAUUUGUGGCUUUCCUCAAUCACGCGACCACUCACGAGAACGGAGCCGCCAGCGACGAGGAGUUGCGCGACAAUGCGCGUGAGCGAACCGGCCGACCCCCCACCCACCAUGUUUGCCUGCGACGACGAGACUCUCAAGAGGAGAGUUUCCGCUCCGCAUCCCUACGCCCCCAUUUUGGCGAUUACACUCGCAUAGACCGGCUCCCACUGGUUACACGGACCACAUCGCCCCCAGCGCACACAUCGCCCGGGGAACAGCCCAUUGCUGUUGUCUGGGCUGCUCGAUGCGCUUCGUGAACGCCCCCUCCCCUAUCCAUUUUCGAACGC